UUUGUAACUAAGGAAAUUGUUCCUUGUGGAAUCUGGAGUCCUAAUUCAACCACUCCGCCCUGGGCGGCAACUUUAUUGAGAUAUGGUGAAGACGGGAAGCUAACCGGAGUGGUUGCUGUCACUAUAAUUUCGCCAACCUUAUUGCUAACGUCAAGGGUAUCUUUCAUAAGCCAAGAUGAUUCGCAGGGGCAGGUAUGGUAUAACCUCCCGAAGCAUCAUUAUACCGUCGUCGUAGGAAGUGCCACGUGGGGUGGGGAUGACGUGCAUAGUAGAAGUCAGACUAUCAAGAUAACGCACAUAGCCUUGUUCCCCGUUAACAAUACGUUUCAACCUUGGGGUAUAAUUCAAAACGUGGAAAUGUUAAUCCAUCUGCAAACUCCAAUUAUUCCAACGGGAAAAAUUUCACCGAUUUGUUUGCCCCCCGAGUCUGGAAGUGUGGAUCAAUUUAAUGCUAUCCAACUAGAAAAUGUGCACAAGUGCAAAAUAGAGCUGGCCGGAUGGAAGGACCGUGAUGGAAAUUUUGGUCAACUUAACCUCAGAGUACUGUCGACCUUAGAAUGCCUUGAGUGGUGGAAACGUGAAGAAAUUUCAUAUCAUUAUAAAAACAGAUUUUGUGCUGUGAUGGAACAUGACGAUAAGCUCGGUACUCCAUGUGUCACUCAAGAUUUGGGCCCAACUAAAAAAAUUAACGGGACUUACUACUUGAUAGGACUAAGGAAUAUGUAUUUUCCUUCAAAUAUAACUGGUUUAUGCGACACUGAUGCCAUCUAUUUUUUUAUCAAAUGGAAAAAUAGAAAUCUAAAAUGGAUCAGAAAUAAUCAAAGAUGUGGACCAUACCAAUUCACCUGUGGAAAUGGGAAUUGUAUCCCAUUACGCAAAUUAUGUGACUGGGUUUCAGACUGUGACGACGACACUGAUGAAGAUCAAGCUUAUUGCGCAGUACAUUACAAAUGUCCUAGCAAGGAUUUAUUUUACUGCGGUCAAAGUUCGUCGCCUACUUGUAUCCCAAACUCUAAAGUUAACGAUGGCGUCAUGGACUGUACAUUUGGGAACGAUGAGACAGAAGAUCCCAAAACAUCAGUUUAUACAAAGACAAUUUAUUUUUUAUCAACCUCUCUUGUCGGUAUUCUCAUCAUAUCGGCAAUUAUUGUAAUAUAUUUGCGAAAAAGACUCCCUACAAAAAUAAAGAUUGAAUCGCCCUGGAAGACAAACCCAUCGCUGAUCUGCUUAAACGAACUGGGUAACGGAUCCUUCGGCAAAGUUUAUCGAGCCAAAGACAUCGCAGACGUUGAUGACGAUAACGAAUAUGCUGUAAAAUGUUGCGAUAUUCGAUUCGCAAUGGGCCAAUUUAAUAAAGAUUAUUCCAGCAGCGACGAAGCUGGCAGUGCUCAGAAUUCGUCCCAUUUAACGAGCGAAAUUCGAAUUUUGCGCGAACUAACGUGCGACAACGUGGUGCGACUUUAUGACUGUUGGGCAGAAACGGAAGAAUGCAGUCAACAAUUCCUGAACAGGUCUGGACUCGACAGACUUGUUAAUGACAACAGAGAGUUGAUGUCUUCAACUCAGUCCGUCAGCCCAAAUUGCCCGUCAGGUUAUAUAUUCAUCAAAAUGGAGCUGUGUUCCUUCACCUUGCAAGAUUUCUUGGAAGAGGGGAAAAUGUCCACUGACGGAUUUGAAUUUGCCGCCAUUGCCACAGAUAUAGUAGCCGGGUUGGGAUACAUUCAUGCCAAGGGGUACAUCCACAGGGAUUUGAAACCCAGCAACAUUUUAUGCAAAGUAGAUUCACGUAGGGGACGCAACGUGUGGAAAAUUGGGGAUUUUGGCUUAACCAUACAAAUGGUGGACGAGUGGACGAGUGUAAGAACGUCGGGAAUUGUGGGGACAAUGAUUUACGCUUGUCCGGAAAUGGGAGCGGGUCAGAGUUACACCACAAAAGCGGACAUGUUCAGCUUGGGAUUGAUUUUUAUGGAAAUAGGACAGUCUAAUUGGAGCUCAGAUGCGAAGAUAAGGCGAGUAUUCUUGAAUUCGAUACGCGGUGAGUUGGAUGCCGAAAAACGAUUAAGCCUUAUUGAAAACAACUUGAGAAGCAAUUGUCAAAAUUUUGCAGUAAUAAUUAAUCAGUUGUUGUGUCAUAAGCCAAAGGCGAGGUUAAGCUGCAUUCAGGUUGAAGCUAAUUUGAAACGACUUGCAAAUGCAGUCUAAAUGACUGAAAUAUUUCGUAAUUUAGCGAAAUAAACAUUAAGUUCUUGUACUCUUUAUGCAAGAAAAUCCUUUUGUUAUUUAUUAAGUAUUUUGAAAUUAUUUUCAUUUGCUUCGCAAAUUUUCUCUUAAGUAAUGCAUGAUUGCUAUUUGUAAUUAGGUUGUGAUUUCAAUUAUACGACUCCAUUGUAGUCAGUGUUUCGAGAAAUUGCUCUUAUAAUUAGUAAUUAGAUAUGUAAAUACAUAGAUAUAUUUACAUGUACAUACAAGCUCAUGGUCAGCGCUGUGAUGAUACUAAGGAUCCGAAGUACUUUACUAUUAAUAAAAAUAUUUCUCUUGUA